AUGGACUGCUCUUCUUCACCUCCAAGGCCCCAAUCAACACCGUCGUCUCCACCACCACGACGUCGUUCGCGGAGACGGCGGCGGUUCUCAGACCGCUUCGCGUGUAAUCACGGCUCCCACACUGACGAAGACAACAGGUAUCCGCUGGAGUGCACGCAGUCGCAUGGAAGACCCAGCGACAACCACCAGGAAGAUAAAGCCCCGCCCGCCAGAAAGAACGUCCGCUGGGGUCCCGUCACUGAGAUUUCCAGCCCCAACUACAGAAGCCGCGAGCGUGUGCGCAGCCCUAGCCCAUCACCGUGCAGGGUUGCAGCCAAGCCAUGCUUGAAGCCGCCCACUCCUUUGGAUCAGGAGAUGGUCCAGAGGAAUCUUCGGGCCAUGGUCGACGAGUCUACGCACCGUCUGAACAUGUACUACAGCGCCAUGGAGUACUUCUCCGGCGACGUGGUUCUGGACGAGGUCAUGUGCCAGGACGAGAGACAGCUUUUCCAAAAGGCAAGGAGACAAUCUUUGAAAGAUACGUUCCGCUUUGCCAGGUCGCCAUCUCACAUUCCGUCCACGUCGAGCUCGGGAAGAUCGCUUUGA